UAGUAACGUUUGUAACGCAACCAAGCGCUUUUUCGUUAACAUGUACUCUUACACCCUAGCUCUUCUUGUAUUUGGAAUUUUGACAGCAGUGAUGGCCGCACCAACACCAGGCGGACAUCAUCAUGAGCAUCACGUCUUCCACGUGCCCUACCACGUGCACACGGUGCAUCACACUCACGUUAAGAAGGUAGAGGUGCCAGUACACCACAUAGAAAAAGUUGAAGUACCAGUGCACCACUACGAGAAGGUUCACGUGCCCGUCCCAUACCCAGUCCACGUCCCUGUUCAUGUUCCCGUUCAUCAUGAGAAACAUCAUCACGAACAUCGUCACGAAGAAGAGUGGUUCGCAUGGAAUUAAUAAUGAGACUGAGAAUACCUUACUUUGUU